UAAGAUGGCACUACAACCAUUUCUUAAUUACUUGACUCAAAUCUUGAACAACCUCAUCAAAACCUUACAGGCUUCAGAUUGCAAGAAAUGGAUUUUAUUGGUGUUCUCUUGUAAAUUCGCUUACCAUGUGGGGGAGUAUUCAACCAAAUGAAGGGAGGAUGGCUUAAUGUCCAUGGAGGAUGGAGAUGCUUCUCGUUUAUAAUUGAGUAUGCUUCAAGAUCAAAUGUCUCAAUGAAUAAUAUGGUAGUGUACUUGGGAUCCAUCAUGGUUGCAGCAACAAACUUCUACCUUCCAAACAAUACCCUCUAUGGACAUGGAUUUUCUUGGAGUUUUUCUGGUAAUUUCUCUUGCCAUAUCAGGGACAAUUCGAGGAUAUGUAUGAAGAUGGAUGGAUGGAGUACUGCUUUGAGGAUCAGGCUGUCCUCUGUUGCAUAUCUGUCCAUAGCACUCUGAUGAUGAGAAAAAUACUCUUCAUGGAUGCAUAAUUGAACUGAAAGGCUGGUAUGGAGACAAAGUAAGGAAAAGAGUUACUGGUUAGUGGAGCUUGGACUUUGUAGUAACUAUUAAGUCAUUGGAGCUUUAAAAUAAGGGUUAGUGGCUGGUUUUGGGGAUCAUUCCAAAAAUGAACUGAUUUGCUAAUUACAAUGAUGUUGAUACAAGAAUUUAUUUUUGAAAAUUUAUUGUUGUUAAGUUUCCAAUCUUGCCUAGAGAGAAACUUUGUAAUCUUGAUAUUCCAAUAGGGAAAGUUUUUCAACUGACUGAAAAUCCCAUGGUUUGUCCCUCUAGGAUUUCCACGUUAAAAAUCCAAUGGCUU